ACUCCCUCCCCACCCCCCUACCCCCAUUUCUUUUCUUUUUCAAUUGUUGCCGAAUGAAUUCCCAGCGGACGCGGAGCCUCGGCCGUCUCUUUGCAAUCACUUGUGACAUCUGCGCCGGGAAGACGAUGCCUCUGAGGACGGGACUUUUCCUCCUGAUGCUGCUCUAUGCAUCUGCAUACGAGCUGGAUCACAACGAGUCCUAUUCGUCCAGGAGAGCACGCUUCUCGGCCAACAGCCCUACAGAUGUGGCACGCUGUCUCAACGGUGCCCUCCAAGUUGGCUGCGGGGCCUUCGCCUGCCUGGAAAACUCGACGUGCGACACAGAUGGCAUGCAUGACAUCUGCAAGUCCUUCCUGUACAGUGCUGCUAAAUUUGACACUCAGGGUAAAGCAUUUGUGAAAGAGAGCCUUAAGUGCAUUGCCAAUGGCAUCACCACCAAGGUGUUCCCAACCAUUCGUCGCUGCUCCACAUUCCAAAGAAUGAUAUCCGAAGUCCAGGAGGAGUGCUACAGCAAGCUGGAUAUCUGCACAGUCGCCCGGACCAAUCCCGACGCUAUCGGAGAGGUGGCCCAGCUGCCCAGCCACUUCCCCAAUAGGUUCUACGGGAGGCUUCUGCAGAGCCUGAUGGACUGUGACGAGGACACCGUGGAGCGCGUGAGGGCCAGCAUGGUGUCUCGGAUGGGCCCGGAGAUGACCAUGCUCGUCCAGCUCCUGCAGAACAAGCCGUGCGCGGCCACGGCCGGAGCCACCGCCGUGGCCACCCCGACCGGAGCAGAGGCCCGCGGCAGCUGGCGCUGGUCCGUUGGGCCUCCUAUGUACAAGAUCCAGCCUAAUCUACGAAAUAGAGACGCUGCCAGUCAUUUUGGCAAAAAGCGCUCAGCCAGUGACAGCUCCUAACUUCUUUGCACUCCAAGUCCGAAACGCUCCUCUUGGCAUCCAUUUCUCCGCUCGACUGGAAGUUACACAAAUAUGCACCUCCAGGGAAUGCCGGACUGCCCCGAGAGUCGAUAUGAUUGUUGCUAUAUUGUAUAUCCUACAUUUAAGGCUUGAGAGACCACCCCCACUCCAUUCAUCAGUCCCAAUUCCGCAGCCUUCUUUUACUCUUCAUCUCCGGCAAAUGAGAUGAAUCCUUAAAAGGUCUUGAUGCCAAGCAUAUAAACAAGAAGUAAAAAGAAGUUUUCAUCUCUAGAACAGGCGGUCUCAGACUUCCAGGGGAGAAGGAUUCCCUCAUAAUCCAAAGACCAAUUAAACAUAUCAAACCCUUUAACUCUUUAUAGGGCACUCAUUGAGCUCAUUGACUCCCAUUAACAGUGCUGGACGUCCGAUCCAUUUUGACUGGGAGGGGUCAAUGUCCCAGUGAAAAUGGAUUGGACGUCUACCGCUGUCAAUGGCACUGAAAGAUGAGCAUUCACAGCCAGUCCUCCCAGUUUAAAUGAAUGGAACAUCUAUUGUUGUCAAUGGCAGGCAAUGAGUUAAAGAAUCAACUUUUGAGGGUUAUCGGGGGCCAUAAGUACGUCUGUUUUUUUGCAGUUUCCGAUAAAGACUUUUUAAACAGAUAACAUAUAUCCCGAUUUUGUCCAACUCCAAGAAUCCAAUACACCAAUAUAUCCAGUCGUGGUCUUAAAAUAUUAUGGCUAAUUGUAUUGUGAUACGCCACUUGAUGCUUUAAUAAUGAUAAAUGUAACAACUUCAAGGUUUUCCAAAUAAAUAAUCCGUCAAAAAUAGAACAACUUUAAUUGACGUAAUGGAAAAAGUGCCUAUAUUGCACCUCUAUACAUAUUGUUAAAAUCCAAAUAGUGUAAAUAUUCGUUUUUUGGCUCAAGUGCAAGUGCAAAAUGCCAAUAAGGCUCUUCCAUAUGCAAAUUGGCCCAAAACCGAUAAUGAAAAACCGAUGUCGAUGUUAUCUUUUUAAAAUGCUUUUAUUGGCCAAUAUUAUAGGCUGCCCAAUAAUAUUAGUCAUUAUUCAUGUUUUUACACAUUAUAUGAAUGUAUAAUUUUUUUUAUUCACACAAAGUAUGAAAUAAUGAUAUAUAAUUAGUUCAAAUAUUGUAUAUAUACGUAAUUAUACGUAAUAAUUAUACAUUAUAAUUGAGGCCUUUGUCCACAUAUGUGAAAAUCACAGUUUGGGUCAAGUGUGCACCACAGUACAUGAGGUACUGUAUGUGGUUUACUUAAUAUUUUUUAAAUGUUGAAAGAUAAUCACUUUAAAGGGUUAAUGGCUAGGAAGUACUACAUAGCACAUUUUUUAGAAAAAAAAAAGUCAAAUUUUACAAUUAAUUCAUAAUUUUUAGAGGAAAAAAAAACUGUCAACUUAUAUUUUUUAAGAAAAAGUAGUCUUUAACAAAAAAAAAAAAGGUUUUGCAGGAGCAUAAAGUUAAAUUUGUUACAAAAUAGUAUUAAAAUGAAGACUGAUUGAAUUGUUUUAAAGGCAAAUUUUCAAAAAAGUAAAACUUUAUUCACAUAUUGUCAGACAUUUUAUUUCCCCCCCAAAAUUCUGGAAUAAUACAUUUUUUUCUUUAAAAUGUAGUAAGACAGUUUUAUGUUUAAUUCGCUUAAAGCUAAGACAAAGGUAGCAAAUGGUCGAUACUUUUUGUCAUCUACAUCAACAAAAAACAGUCCUGGAAAUUUUAAUGGUAUUGGGUUGUUAUGCAAUUAAAAAUAUAUAUAUAUUCAAAUCAUGUUUCACUGCCAUUUAUAGCGAAAGACAUCUACUCCAUUUUGACUGGGAUACAGAAACAUGAUUGAAUAUAUAUGUUACUAGACUAUGAGUAGCACUACAAAGUAGUUACGUAGUAGUUAAAUUUACCUGUGUGAAACACCUGCUAACCAGUAUAACAUGGAGAGGGAGGACGGGAAAGACUACAGUAUGACGGGGCAGUGUGAGUGUGACAUUUUAAUCAAAUCAGCUGCCAUUGACGGUGAUAAACGUCCAAUCUAUUUUUGACUGGCUGCGAUCAUUCUGCUGAAACAUUUAAAUUACUAUUGGGUAAUCCAUUGGAAGGAGGGGGGUGGUAUCAUUUGAUGUAUCCAAUAUUUUAGUGACAAGACCAUUCAAAUUGUGAGCAUGAGAUGUGAAGAUGAUCUUCACGUGUAUUUUCUAAUAAUGCGAACUCUUACAUGUACUGUAUCCUAUAGGUAAUCUGAGACAGCCAUAGCUAGCCUUCUACAAAGAGAGCGUGGUCACCAGAACCUUUGAGAGAUUACCUUAAACUGACCAAAAAAAAACAACAACAACACAAAACUACAAAACUGCCCUGAAUGCUAUUCAUGAAAUACCAAAAUAGUGUAUAGAUAUAGCACAUAUUAUGCUGAUGUUUGUUUUCUGAUGACAGAUGUAGCCGUUAGUAGUGACGUGUUGUUCGCAAUCAUCAUGAAGCUCAUUAGGCCAAAUCUGUCCAUCAUAUCAUCACAAUGCAUACGACUGUUGAGCUCUCCGGCGUCAAAGGCACUAUGUUUAUGUUGACUGACGCGCGCUCGCUUCCCCCGGGGGUUGAGAUUUAGAGUGACUAUUUUAAAAACACACACACAAAAGCAAGCCUUCUUGGAAUUAUAUUUAUUUUCCUACUAUAUUAUUUAAAAUGUCUUAUUUUAAAGCACAUAUUGUAUAGUUAAUUCAUUGAUAAUAAGCAGUUCGUUCUAUACGCCAAAAAAAAAAAAAAAAAAAAAAAAAGAAUGGGACCCAUGUUAUAACUCUGUGCUGGUCACAGGGGAACAAAUUGGUCAUUCACGUCAGGUGAUGUAGUCACAUGGGACCACAAUUACACAUUGCAUUGCGGUUACUAAAAUGCACUUUGAAUGUGUGGGUUGGACGAUGGCGUCCAUGUUUGUCAUUCCAAAAUUACAAAUUCAAGUUGGCAGCUGGGCUGUUUAAAUGACGUUCAUGAGGGAGGAUAGGAAAGACUCGUGUGUGACAGGGCAGGUUGAGUGCGACAUUUUAAUGUAUUAGCUGCCAUUGACGGCCAGUCGAAAUGUUGUCGUCAAUGGAAGCUAAUGUGUUAAUGAACAUAAAGGGUACAUUGAUCUGGAUCAAUACAUUGAUUGGUUAAGCAACGAUCCAAUGAAAUCGAUGGAAGCGUCUUUUAGAAUGAUUUUCAUUCAAAUGUUUAAAAUACAUCAGUAACAAAUAGUCAAAAACGUCAAAAUUGCUUUGUAAUUUAUAACACUUUUAACGAAAUGAAGCAGAUUCUAUUGAACGACUGGAUGAUGAUGUCACAGAGUUGCAUUGUGGGAGUGGAAGUUUUAGUAUUGUAUUUUUCCGCGACAUGGUGGUUAGCGUUGCUAUAUUUUAUAACAGAAAAAUAUAAAAAAAUGGGGUGGAAAUCCAUUACAAAAAAUGUAAUCUAAUUAGAGAUUUGGGCAUAAUUGAUCUUGAUUAGUUGUACUUUAAUCAUAUAGGGUUUUUCACGCUUAUUUACUCAGAUUUCUCUCUUUUCAUAGCUUUAAGUCAAGCUAGCGUGCGUGUCAAUUUUGUCGAUGUUUGCCGAUAUUUUCGGUCGUGGACUAAUUAUGGCUAAUUGCAUCUUAGCAUUUUAGUUUGGAGCAUAAUUGCGGUGUGACCAGCAGUGUUGUUAACAACAGCGUUAGAGUAUAACAGCGUUACUAACGGCGUUGUUUUUUUUCAGUCAUCUAAUCUAGUAAUCUAAUUAAUUACUUUUCUCAUCUUUGCAACACCGUUACCGUUACUGAGGAUGUAAAGGCGUGCGUUACUGUGCGUUACUACGUUGGUUGAAUGACACGAGAAAUGUCUGAGGGACACGGAGAGAGAAGAGCGGGAGUGGCAAGGAGGGAAGGGAGUUGUGACGCUGUUGCAAACGCGAUGCUAGGCUAGGUGGCUCCAAUAAUACCUGACUAGCCGACAGCCUACAAUCUACGCCCACAUGAUGCUACGCUAGAUAUCUCAUGCAUAUAGAACUAGAUGCAAAAUGACGGACUCUGCGGCGUUAGCAGAUGUAUAGAGAAGUAGAUGCGAAAUGAUACACUUGCCGACAUUAGAAAACAGCCGCCAUCUUAAAGCAGUUGACUUCCCAGGAAGGCUCUGUUGUAGAGAACCUUCCUAGCAAACCUAAGUAACUUUUCAUCUAAAAUACUCAUAAGUCGGCAAAAUCUUAACUUGAAUCUAUCAUUAAAUGAUGAAACAGUUUAAAAACUUUCACAUUUAGGAAGUAGACGGAAGGGAAUUAAUGCAAUAAAGGGGGCAAUAUUAACAACUUUAACGGUUGAUUCACAGCAUUAAAUGACUUCCAAACAUAGCAAAGGUUACUAUCUAGUUAUCGCAAUAUCCACAAUUCCCCUGUGUCUAGUUAAGUUUAGGGUAAAUAGUUAGGCUAGGGCGAAAUGGCCCAAAAAUGCUUGAACUUCACAUAGUGUGACCUAUGUUUUUUUUCUCUUUAAAAAAAAAAAAAACAUGAAAGUUACUUUGCCAAGUAACUUAUUAUUCUUACAUUCGGGUAACUGAGUUACUAACUCAGUUUAGGGUAAAUAGUUAGGCUAGGGCGAAAUGGCCCAAAAAUGCUUGAACUUCACAUAGUGUGACCUAUGUUUUUUUUUUUCUUUAAAAAAAAAACAUGAAAGUUACUUUGCCAAGUAACUUAUUAUUCUUACAUUCGGGUAACUGAGUUACUAACUCAAAUCCUUUUUGGAGAGUAAUUUGUAACUGUAAUUAAUUACUUUUUUUAAAUAAGAUUAACAACACUGGUGACCUUGCCUGGUACACCAGACUCACCGCUGUUCCAGCUAUUGAGUCUGGCUACCAUUCAGCGGAUACAAUUUCCAGUGCGGAGCAAGCCACAGCAACCAGACAGCGGAGUGGACCAAUAGGGGGCGGGCAGACGUGACGUUAGUAAAACGACGAGGGCAGGACGAGAGACUUGCGCGUGGAAGUAAACAUACGAGGAGAGCGGAGUUUAUUCAACAUGGCUAGCGCGAGACGGACUGUUGUCAAUGACUCGUGUCGAUGUGUUUUUGGUAAUUUAAAACUGAUUUUACCGUAGAUUGGAACAUAUUCUUGGCUCUCCUGUUCACCAUCUUUGUUGUUGUGGAGACGACUUCCGACGCGCAAGAGGGACGUUGCUCGUUAAGAACACGUCACGCAAAUAAACAAAUCUGAUUUGUCGAUUGAUUUUGUACCUGCUCGAGAGGCCGUUAAUGGGCUGGUUCCCAGACUUUUCUCUCAGUGUUUGAAAAAUACAGGGAGAACAGUCUGGCCGUGCCAGGCAACUGGUGACCAACCCUUGUACAAAGGCAGAAAGCUUCUACUUUGAAGGCUACAUACAUAAUGGCCCAAAACCGCUAAUAAAAAAGUGAUGUCGAUAUGAUCCGAUAUCAUUUUAAAAUGCUUUUAUCGGCCGAUAUUAUUGGCUACCCAAUAUAUCUAAUAACUCUAGUUCCGCGUAACCUGCGAAUUUUUGUAAAAACUUGUUAAAUCAAUUAUAAUCAGUUAAUCGUAAUUAAUGUAGUAGUCCCACUCCUAAAAAAAUGUGUUGAGAAGAACAUUGAAAACGAGUUCCGUCGGUGGAUAAAAUAUAGAGGCGUGGAGAAACGUUUUAAGCAAAACAGCAUAGCUAACCUCCUUUUAGCCAAAAAAUGAAAGAAAAAAAAACCUAAAUAAACUAACUGAAAAUAGUAUUACUAAAUUUCAGCAACUCCCACGAUGCAAACCGCUACCUAUCUCCCAUGCAAUUUUACUAGUGGUCGAUUAAAAUUGUUCAUAAUACAGUGUUAAAUCAGAUUAAAUUUUGGCAGAAUUUUAACUCAUUGGCUGCCCUUGAUAACAAUAGACGUCCAAUCCAUUUGAAGCGAAUGAACGAUCAUUCGCUGCCAACACUCCCACUUCAAAUGGAUUGGGCGUCUACUACUGAUAAACUCAUAUAAAUUCACAGCAGAAACACAAAAAAAGCCACCCGAUUUGUCAAUAUUGUAUCGUGAUUCACACCCCUAAUAAACAUCGAUAGAUUACGACCUUUUUUUUUUGGCCAAUGAGCGUAUCUCAAACUAACAAACUAAACCCAAUCCUGCGUGAAAGAAACAAACUUGACAGACCAGGUAGAAGCACAAACAUAACAAAGAUCCUUAUUUUUUACUUUACUUUUCAGCAAGUUGAGAAUUCCAAACUAUGCAAUGAUCUCCGACACAAAAUAAAAAAACAAACCUUUUGUUCACGCGCUGAAUAAAAGUGGUCUACGGUGAUUGUUCAGCUCGGUCAACGGCGUGUCCUUUGAGCGUCUAAGAGCUAUCGUCACACUGUAGUCCAACGGGAUUUUUAUGUUCAAUAUGCACUUUUUUUUUCUUUCCAUCCCGACCACUAUAAAGGGCAUUGAAGCAUUCAUGAUACAUAUUAUACGUGUGUGCGUUGUCCAUCACGGGUUAAUCCCCAAACCCAAACAGCUGCUGCCCACUUAUCGGCGACACCCACGUGUCUUGUCUGUCGUCACGUCGACUUCCUGUGGACAUUCCUAUGUGUCAUUUUCGGGCAAAUUGACUGUUUUUUCCUCUAACUGAGUCCAAUGUAACGGUAGUUUUCAGAGAAUGUAACUGUUUACUGAAUGUCUGCUCGCAGGAGGCCACGUCCAUGACACGGGAAGGCUACUUUUGCAUGGGAAGGGACAAAAAAAAAAAUUCAAACACACGCACACACGCCAAGUGGUCACGGGCCUUCAGUUAGUUUAUGUUGCAGAUUUGAGUGAGAGCAUCGCUUUGGUGAGCUGUGUGAAAAGUGUUUCUCCUGACACGUCAUGGUACUCUUUCCUCUCAAGACUUGAAAUAGAUUGAUCGUGAUUGAUUGUUGUUGUGCUCGAGCAAAAGCGACAAAAAAAAAAAAAAAAAAAAAAAGCUUCAGUGACUUGUAAAGUUUAUUUUGUAUUCAUAUGUAUAUAUCUAUAAAAGUAUAGAUAUAUAUAUAUAAGUGACAGUUAUUUUACUAUUCAAAUAGCACACUCAAAGUUAUUGAGAAUUGAACUGAAGUUCCUGAUACAGAUGCUAUGUAACGCAUGAUUGACCUUGUGUAAAUGACUUGCACUUUAAAAUAUACCCACUUACAUAUAUACCCAUACUGUGUAUAUGUUUGGGUUUUUUCCUCUGUACUGAAAAGUCAUGAAAGAUACAAAUGCAUCAAGUGUGUGUCUUUUGCUGAAAUAAAAUAUUUAUCUUAUCUGCCAUUUGGGAUGUUUUUUUUCACUCAUAGGUUGUUGUAAGACUGUUUCAAGAAUCAUAUGCAGUGGUAUGAAAAAGUAUCUGAACCUUUUGGAAUUUCUCACAUUUCUUCAUAAAAUAAUCAAAUGUGAUCUGACCUUUGUGAAAAUCACAUAGAUGAAAAAACAGUGUCUGCUUUAAAGUGCCUAUGACAGGAUAAAAUAAAGUCUUAAAUAGCAUUAUAAUGUGAAUUAGAAUCAUAUUUUGAGACGAUUCGACUAUAUACAACGAUUUGGCAAAGCGCAGAUGACGAGAAAUUGGUCUCUUAAUCUGCCAUUUAGCCCCUGCCUAUUAUUAUAGGGCUCUAGCGUCCCCAACAGGAAGAUGACGUUGGCCGGGUCAUGGUUUAAUCAGAUUUAGAAUUCAGCCCAUUGAGGGGGAAUUAUUUAGAACAAGGGAAAUGCGAAGAAGAGAGCCGCAAAAUGUCAUUGUUUCAAUCUCUCUACUCCAAUAUUUUUCCAGGAUAUUAUUUUUAUCGAAGUAUUUUUCCCCCAAUUGCUAAAUAAAUGGUAUGGUCAUGACAAAUAACAGUCUUGUGAUAAAUGGAAUAUGAAAUAUUAUAAAUGCAUUUAUUCAGUGCGACAUGGCAAAAUUACUCCAUAAUGGUCAUAAGUGUCGACUUCUUGCACAUUUUAUGCCACCGGAGUUAG